GUAGUGUUCUGGCUCCUCGUUUCUUCUAGAAUCUGUUACUAAAUGGAAGGGACUUUUUCAAGCAACCUGUGACCAUUAUAAAGUACAAUAACUUUUUUAAACGACUUUCACGAGAUACCCAUAUCUUCAUCUGCUUCUAUUUAUCCCAACCAACUUCACUAGAUGUGAAGUCACUUUUUGCCAUGAAAUUAUCUCUGCCAUUUUCUCUUCUAUGGUAAUUGAACAAACUCGAGCUGAUUAAAUCUAGAGAAAGGGCAUCAAGGAGGCCAUGGAUUUGAGACGUCCUAGAAAGUUAGACUUGAACAAACCCCUCUUGUCUACAAAGCGUCUUAGUAUAGUUGUCGGAGACACAUCUUGUUCAUCAACCUCACUAGGCAAAACUGUACAGAAUAAUACAAGUGAAGAAAGAGUUCCAUUUUCAUGGGAAAAAUCUCCAGGGAAACCAAAAAAUGUUGAUGAUAACAAUGAGGAAGAGACCCCUCGGUUAAGACUACCUCCUUGCCUUUGGCAUCCACCAAAUCAAGAACCAGGAGCAGAUGAAGCAGACAAAGGGGAAGAUCAUCAUCAAGAUGAAGGUCGUGUUGUUGAUGAUGAUGAAGAUGAAGAUGAAGAUGAAAAGUUCGACAGUGAUGUUUUAUCAGAUGCUAUGGAAGUUUUUUCUCUGUCAGAGGCAUUAGAUAUUGUCCAGAAAUCCGAGAGAGUUCGAAGGAAAAGCGCCAACGAAGGCUUAAGGUUGAAGCUUGAAGAAGAUUCUAAUAAUGGGAAUGAGUCUCCAAAUUAUCUGAUCAAACGCUUUCUUCCAGAUGCUACUGCCUUGGCUGCUUCAUCUACUUUACAUUUCUCCAAGAGUAUGAUGGACAACAAGAUCUGUGAUAGUUCUGGCAGCUAUCUGGAGGCUUAUGUGGCUUCACCAAAGGGUUGUGGCUUGGAAGUCUUAUUCCCAUGGAGGUUGAAACAUAAGCUUUGUGCUAUGAAAAGCCCUGUUUUGCCAUGCUCAAGUACAAGGAUGCAGAAGCAGCAUCAGAACAGAAGAAAAAUCAAGGGACUGUACAAAGUGUGAAGAUAAUUGUUGAAUAUUCAUCCUGUUUUGGUAUACUGUAUGUAUUACCUUUACUUACUUUGCUGCCAUUUUGCUUGUAUACAUAAUAAUCCUUCUAUUUCUCCUUUACCUUGCACAUUCUUUUGCCAAUGCUUUAAGCUCAAUAGACUAUAAGAAAAUCACUCAUGACAUGAUAAUCACAUUUUCCCCCCGCAAUGAAUUAUCGACCAUUAUUACUAUUUUAAAAAAUUAUUCCUGACAAUGAAGUUCAAAACCAACUUUAAAGAAGUAUGAGAGAGGAAAAUGAUCAAACUCUCAUACCACUGCAUACUAAAUAAAGAUCGAAUCGAUUAAAAAGAUCACGUUGAUUAAUAAAAAAUUUUUGUCCGUAGUACUUGUUGGUGUACAUCCACUUAGUUACAAUAUACCCUAUCACAUGGCAUAAUUUAUCUAGCUCUUACACUCUUUGUCCAUAAUAAUGUGUGUCAUAUAUUAUAAAUAGCAUGUUUUGGGGGACUUUGAGUCAUUUGAAAACCAUGUUUCGUUAAAAAUAAUUUAAGAUGGUGGUUUAGUAUCAUCUAAUUAGUGAAUCUCUGCACAAACUCCUUAUGCUCUAAUCAGAAAACAUACUCUAGAAGUAAUUUUUUAUCA